AUGCCUAAGGCCGACAGACGCGCCAGGCUCGCGGAGCUCGCUGCUCUGCGAAAGUCGGGCAAGAAGACCUUUGACUCGUACGAAGUCGAAGAUGUUCAGGACCUGUACGAGGAAGUCGACGAGGACCGCUACAAGACGAUUGUGCGAAACCGUUUGAAUCAGGAUGACUUCGUUGUCGACGAUAAUGGCGAAGGGUACGCCGACGACGGUCGCGAGGAGUGGGAUCGCGUCCGUGUGUACGAGUCGGACAGCGAGGACGAGUUGCCUGUUCAUGGCAAGAAUCGCAAGAAGUCCAAGAAGCAAAAGGAGGAGGACCAGGCAAAGCGUGAUGCAACAGACCGAAAUAUCAGCGACUUCUUCACGAAAGGCGCCGUCAAGGCGCAGCCCAAGACCAAAGUCGUGAAGACGGAAGAGGACGAUCAGUUCCUGGCUGGUCUGUUGGGAGAGGUCGAUCAAAACAUACCAGCAGCCGCGCCUCGUCCGUCAAAGAAGAGGGAUAGGUCUGCCGAGAGACGUCGAGCCCGUAUUCCAUCACCAGCCCCUGAGCCGCGACGACCUGCACCCAAGAAGGUCAGGCUCAGCGAGGAUGUCCUCCCAACUGCAGAUGUCGAGAAUUCCUUUGUUGCCAGUGACGACGACGCCUUUAUCCCCAUGGACGAAGACGACCCCCUGCCGGCCCUGCCGGGCCCCCUUCCGGUAGAUGAUGUCCCAUCCAGCGACCCCGUUCCAUCAUCCCCCACCGUAAAGGUUGCGGCGCGCAUGUCGAAACUGAGGGCUGAUGCCCAAGAGGACGAAGACGAUGAUGAAGACAUGAUGGAAGUCGCACACGCUGGUGCUAUCACCGCGGCCAGUGUCAACCUCUCAGCGGCCAGGGUGCCCAAGAAGACUAUCAAGAUUGACCCAUAUCCAUCUCCUGCCAACUCCUCGCCGAAUAAGGGCACACCCGAGGCUGCGGUAGACUCUUCGGCAUGGAACGACAUCAACUCGAGGUUGAAUGUUGUCAGCAGCUCAGCUGCAGAACCAAGAGGCAUCAACAAGAUCGACUACAGAGAUGCGAUCGAGGAAGAUGGCAGUCUCAAUAUGUUCUGGACUGACUAUACUGAAGUCAACGGAAGUCUUUGCCUGUUUGGCAAGGUCUUGAACAAGAAGACAAAGUCCUACGUCAGUUGUUUUGUCAAAGUUGACAACAUCCUGAGGAAGCUCUACUUCCUGCCUCGUGAGCAUCGCUUGGUUGAUGGAGUCGAGACUCCGGAUGAGGUUGGCUUGAUGGAUGUCUACACAGAAAUCGACGCUCUCAUGACCAAGAUGAACGUUGGUAUGUUCAAGAUCAAGGGAUGCACAAGAAAGUAUGCCUUCGAGCUGCCAGACGUACCCAAGGAAGGACAAUACAUGAAGCUCUUCUACCCAUAUACCAAACCCCAAAUCGCCCCAGACGCAAAUGGCGAGACGUUCUCGCGUGUUUUCGGAGCCAACACGGCGCUGUUCGAGCAGUUCGUUCUGUGGAAGAAUAUCAUGGGACCCUGCUGGCUCAAGAUCAACGACGCCGAUUUUGGUACACUGAAGAACGCUUCGCACUGCAGGCUAGAGGUGCUUGUGGAACACCCCAAUAUGGUAUCCCCUAUGAGCGACUCGGACAAUCUUGAUGCUCCUCCCUUAACUCUCAUGAGCAUGGCUAUGCGGACCACAUUCAACGUCAAGGACAACAAACAGGAGAUCCUGUCCAUCAGCGCUAGGAUUUACGACAAUGUCCUUCUUAGCGAUACGACACCAGCCGACAAACUUCCAUGUCGGACUUUCACGCUCGUUCGACCCAAUGGCGGUGUAUUCCCUGUAGGCUUUGAACAAGCCGCAAGAAACCGUAAGAUGGGUCUUAUCAAGACCAUGAAGCAGGAGACUGAAUUGCUUGCCUUCUUCCUGGCGCAGGUGGACGUUGUUGACCCUGACGUGAUUCUUGGUCACCAACUGGAAGGAGUUGAUUACUCCGUUCUGUUGAACCGUCUGCACGAAAAGAAGAUUCAUCAGUGGUCUCGCCUUGGGAGGCUCCGACGAACCCAGUGGCCAUCGUCGAUCGGAAAAGUUGGUGGCAAUGUCUUUGCGGAGCGCCAAAUUCUAGCUGGCCGCCUGCUUUGCGACCUCGCCAACGACGCCGGCAAGUCCGCCAUGUACAAGUGUUCUACUUGGAGCUUGACAGAGAUGUGCAGCCUUUACCUCUCGGGCAACAAUAAGCGACGAGAUGUAGACAAUGAAGUGGCGUUGAAGUCGUGGGCGAACACCAAGGACGGCCUCCUGGAUUAUGUCUCCCAUGUGGAGACGGACACAUACUUCAUCACAGCUCUGGCCCUCAAGGUGCAAUUGCUACCACUGACCAAGGUCCUGACCAACUUGGCGGGUAACUCCUGGGCGAGGACUCUCACAGGUACCCGUGCCGAGAGGAACGAGUACAUUUUGCUGCAUGAAUUCCACCGCAACAAGUACAUAUGUCCUGACAAACAAAACUUUCGAGGCCGGCAGCGUGUGGAGGAAGAGCAUGCCGAGGAAGAAGCCGGUGAAGGCAAGAAGAAGGACAAGUACAAAGGCGGUCUCGUUUUCGAGCCCGAGAAGGGUCUAUACGACAAAUUUGUCCUCGUCAUGGACUUCAACUCGCUGUACCCCUCCAUCAUUCAAGAGUUCAAUAUCUGUUUCACUACAGUGGACCGAACAUCACUGUCUGAAGACGAAGAGGCCGUCCCAGAAGUACCCUCGGAACAGGAGCAGGGUAUCUUGCCCAGACUCAUUGCGAAUCUGGUCAGCCGCCGACGACAAGUGAAGAGCUUGAUGAAAGCCAAGAAUGCGACAGCUGAAGAAUUGGCGACGUGGGACAUCAAGCAGCUUGCCUUGAAACUCACGGCCAACUCCAUGUACGGAUGCUUGGGCUAUACUAAGUCACGAUUCUAUGCUCGUCCACUAGCUGUCUUGACUACCUACAAGGGCCGUGAGAUUCUGCGAAGCACCAAAGAACUUGCAGAGAGCAAGUCGCUGCAAGUCAUCUAUGGUGACACUGACUCCGUCAUGAUCAACGCCAAUGUGGACAACGUUCAAGAUGCCUUCACUGUCGGACAGGAGUUCAAGAAAGCUGUCAAUGAGCGUUACAGGCUCCUGGAGAUCGACAUUGACAAUGUUUUCAGACGCAUCUUGCUUCAGGCCAAGAAGAAAUAUGCUGCCAUCAACCUUGUUGAAUCCGACGGCAAGUUCAUCGAGAAGAUGGAAGUCAAGGGCCUCGAUAUGAAGCGCCGAGAGUACUGUGCUCUGUCCAAGGAAAUCUCCAGCCGGCUGUUGAACGAGAUCCUCUCUGGUGAUGACACCGAGCUGUCCAUUCAGCGCAUCCACGAAUACCUACGGGAGACUGCAGGCAAGAUGCGCGAGCAGGCCGUCCAAGCUCAGAAGUAUAUCAUCUUCACACAGCUUGGCAAGGCACCGAAAGAGUAUCCGAACGCAGACUCUAUGCCCCAAGUGCAAGUUGCUCUGCGUGAGCUCGCGCGGGGCAAGACCGUCAGGAAGGGCGAUGUCAUUUCAUACAUCAUCACUGGUGACAGCAAGGGCUCCGACUCGGUCGCAAAGCGUGCCUAUACUCCACAGGAUGUCCUCAAAACCGACUCAGGCCUGAUACCGGAUGUGGAGUGGUACAUCGGAAAGCAAAUCUUCCCACCUGUCGAGCGUCUCUGCGCCAAUAUCGACGGCACAUCCACAGCUCAGCUGGCCGAGUGUCUUGGGCUUGAUAUCCGCCGCUACGCCAACAACGUCAACAACUCGUCCAACGGCAACAGCAACGACCUCGAGAUCCACCCUCUCGAGUCCCAGAUCCCCGAUGAGGUGCGCUUCCGCGACUGUGCACGUCUCCAGCUGCGCUGCCGCUCAUGCAAGACCACCUCUGCCUUUGAGGGCCUCGUGGCCAGCCCGGACCGUGUGACCCCCACCGGCGUGGCUUGCGGCUCCUGCGGCACCACCAUGUCCACGCUCUCUGUGGUCGCACAGGUGGAGCGCGCCAUUCGUAUAGCGACGGCGCGAUACUACGAGGGCUGGCUGGUCUGCGACGACAGCAGCUGUGGCAACCGCACCCGGCAGAUGAGCGUCUAUGGAAGCCGGUGUUUGGGGCCCAAGGGUCUCGCGCGGGAUUGUCUUGGCCGUAUGCGCUACGAGAUCUCGGAACGCGACAUCUACAACCAGCUCAUUUACUUCGCCAGCCUCUUCGAUGUUGAGAAGGCGAGGGCGAAAGCUGAUCCCAGUGUCGACAGAUCUGAUGUUGCUAUUACUGAUAGAGAGACCAGGGCCAAGAUUCUCGCGCUUGCGGAACACAACCGUACGAGAUUCGGCACUCUCAAGGGGGUGGUAGAUCGAUACUUGGAUAAGUGUGGCAGGCAAUGGGUGGCCAUGGAUAACUUGUUUGCCAAGUUGGGCUUUGCAGUGGCCUGA